ACCGUUUACCAAGAGCGAGCAAAAGAGGAGAGAGAGAGAGAGAAUAUCUCAAACAUUUCGCGAAUUUCUCUCCUACGCGGCUCAGAUUCUUCAUCCUCAUCCUCCGUUCCUCCCUCCCUAGAUCUUCUGAUUCGGUUUCCCUACUCAAGCUCUAGCCAUGGCUAACGCGGCAUCGGGUAUGGCUGUACAUGAUGACUGUAAGCUUAAGUUCUUGGAGCUGAAGACUAAGAGAACUUACAGAUACAUAGUAUAUAAGAUUGAAGAGAAGCAAAAGCAGGUCAUUGUGGAGAAACUUGGCGAGCCUGGUCAAAGCUAUGAAGAUUUCACAGCCUGUCUUCCUGCAGAUGAAUGCCGAUAUGCAGUUUAUGAUUUUGACUUUCUGACUAAAGAGAAUGUCCAGAAGAGCAGAAUUUUCUUCAUCGCCUGGUCUCCCGACAUUUCAAAGGUAAGAAGCAAGAUGAUCUAUGCAAGCUCAAAGGACAAGUUUAGGAGAGAAUUGGAUGGCAUUCAAAUUGAGCUCCAAGCUACUGAUCCAACUGAAAUGGGUCUUGAUGUUUUUAACAGCCGUGCUAAAUAAAAAGCCUCCCAGUUAUGAACUUCUUGUGGUGUCUGUUUUUCAUUGUGAAAUGGUGUUAUUAAUUGCUGGGUUUAUGAAUGGUGCUUUGAUUACAUAUUGGGUUGUUUUAAGUUUUGUCUUAUAGAAUUAUGUCCAUCUGGAACAAGCUUCUGUCAUUUUUCCCCCCUCCUUAUAUUGUAUGAUUUAUGGCGUGGAAUUAAUGCAAUGUCUCCCUAUGUAAUGCUUCAUGAUUUUGGUCAGCUUAUACAUCUUUCAGCACUUUUGAGAUGA